AUGGGUCAAGGGAAGGAUGGCGCAGUUGCACUUGCCUGCUGUAACCAUAUACCGAUCAUCGCUCGCUCGGGUGAGCCUCUCCUUAUUGCCCUCGAUCUCGAGGCAGAAGGGGAUGCUUUCAACCCGACGUCGCGGAUCCAUUAUCUGGGUCAUUGCGAGAGGACUCUGGAUAAGAUUCGGCUGCAAGUCAAGAAAGCUGGCGAGAGCAAGUCGAAUCUGGAAGGCAUCGCACGGCACCUGAAAUGGCCAUUUUCGGCUUCCGAAACCAAGGAUCUGCUCGGCGAGCUGUCGCGCCAUAAGGAGACCAUCAUGAUUGCGCUCUCGGCUGACUCGAUACGAAAAUUGCAGCUCUCCCUCUCCAAAGCCGACAACUUGAAGAAGACCAUCGCCAGGACGCUGAAGAUCACGGCGCGCAUUGCCGUCAACGAUGAGAAGGAGCGCAUUUUGAACUACUUCAUGACCACCAACCCGCAGUCCAAUCUGGAUAUGAGCAUCAAGCUUAGGCACCCCAUGACCGGGCUACGGCUAACCGAGUCAGUAGACUUCACCCGCUGGCUGGAGACUUCCAGUUCCAAGCUCUGGCUCAGCGGCAUCCCCGGAGCCGGCAACACCGUCUUGGCGGGAUCUGUCAUUCAGGAAGCAUUUGCUAGGAGCAACGAGGCGAAAGACGUUAGCGUCGGCUUCUUCUUUGCGAUUAUAAAUACUCGGAUACCUUGGGCCCUGCCAAGGUUCUCGGCGCCGUGGCCGCUCAGCUUGCACGGCAGCAUGACGAUGCCUUUACCCUUCUCAAACAUUACUAUGAAAGCCUUCAUCCUGCAAGAUGCCUGCCGAGGAAACCAGAUGCCGGGGACCUCCGGGCGCAAUGUUUCGAUGGCUAUCUUCAGCCGAGAGAUCACUAUGACCAGGCUGGAGGAUGCAUUCGAACAUAUCUCGAUCAUGGCACAUGCCGAGGAUAUCAAGCUCUAUCUGCUUGAGAGAAUCAACAAGUCACGCUCACCUGGAGCUCCGUCUAUGGUUCGGAUGUGUCUUCACAUGAUCGCCUAUGCCAGGCCUCGCUUGACUAUGGAACAGCUCCGACAGGCAGUUUCAACGCCUCGUUUGCUCCUUCUUGUUAAGGAGUUCCUGCAGAACUAUCCAGCCCUCUACGGAUCGGCGGACCAGCCAAGCCUCGAAAGGUACUUCAUUUCCGAGCACGUGAGCAAUAGCCUCCUGGCUACGUAUUGUCUUCGGUUUCUGCAACUGGCGAACUUCUGCGGGCCUCCAGAGAAACCUGGAUUCCAGGAAGAGAUCCAGCGCACCCGCGAAAGAGAUAUGUCAUACCCCUUCUACAAGUAUGCGGCCAUACAGUGGCUCCAACUUGCAAAGAAAGGCCUCCCGGACUAUACAGACGACGAGGACGGGGAUGAAACUCUGCUGGACCUUACCCUGUCGCUUUUCCACCAAGACAAGACGGCCGAUUUUGUGCUGUGGGCAACUGAGCUGCUCCAUUGGCUCUUCGAGAAGAUGGAACUUUCCAGCCUUAAACCUUCUAGAGUUAGACUUAGAGAUUUUACGCUAGUCGUCGCCGCCUUGUCCACAGGCUUCGUUCCUAAUAAAUCCGAUAUAACGGCACUAAAGGACAGCUUCAACAAUAUCCACACCGACUGCGACAAUGAGAGGCUAGAAACGUCGACAUUGGCGCUCAUAAAAUUCUUGAAGUCUCUCGAAAAUGAAGAAUCGGGAUGGUGUUCGCAGUUAAUUCCUGCCGUCUGGAAGUACGCUCUCUCGAAUAACUUCGGGCCCACAAGGUUCUGGACGUCGUGCAGGCAGUCACCGUCGACGCUACGGUUCUUCCAAGCCAUCGUCAAGGCUGGAGACGUGAAGAUGGUCAAGCUGCUUCUUGGAAAUGGCUCGCCUGCGGUUAUCGCGUUGCCCUCGACCUACCUGUGUUCCUCCGAGAAGGACAAAAGCAUAAUUGUUGAGCUUUUUGACCACGCGGUUGUAGAGAGGUUGAACGAACUGCCGCCGGAAGAAGAGGGAUUAGGAGUACUGCACAGACUGGCCACCAGGAAGGAUGCCAGCACCAUCGUCUGGCUCGUCAAAAAGCUCGCGAGAAAGGAGGUCGACGUCAACGCGCAGCCCUCUACCUCAACAUUCCCACAAAAGAGGGAUACACCGCACUCCAUCUCUCAGCUUCUCGAGAUCACACCGACGCCCUUAAGCUUCUUGACAUCGACGAGUCGUCACCGUCCAGCCGCUUCCACUAGCUCGACAGCACCGUCCUCUCGCUUCUCUGCGGUCCCGGCCCCCGCACCCCCAAGCUCGUCGAGGACGCAGUUCUCUCACUGCGGCAGCUGCCGCGGUGAGAGAACCUGCGCCUCCUGCACCUUGAGCCUGCUCACUGGUGGAGCCCGCUCUGCCGCGCGCAUAGCUCGACCUCGCAGACGUCGUCGAGAACUACCUCACUAUCGGAGCGGACCCGACUUCGAAGGGUCGCCGCUUGGCACAGCGCUCGUCUUUGCCACGGCCUGCGGGAGCCUCAAUGCCGUCAAGGCGCUGGUGCGGCGGUGUGGCGUCACAGUUCCCGGAGGAAAGUGUGAGGGGCGACGAGAUCUGGCGCGCUCUCUGGAGCUUACACGCUCAGAACCCGUUCCCCUGUGGUUACUGGCCGGGCGCUUCUCCGAACAGCGGUGCAUAAAGUGGCGGGGCUCUGGGCAGACCAGCAGGGAACGGCUCUGGAGCGGCGUGGUGCAGGUGAGACUGAAGCUCGUCGGCAAGCUCGCAAUUCUGCCCCACGAGUCUUCGCUCGAGUAUGCCCGCAAGCUCGCCGCCGUGAGGCGAGAGCAGCUUGGCCAAGUCGUCUCGGCCGCUGGUGGCCUCGUCUACCCGGAGCCGCUGCCAAGGCUUCAUUGCGAGGGCGACGCCUCUUCCUACCCAGCCAUAGUCGGUUCUACUAUUUCAGAUGGGCGUAACUCGUGCACGUAA